CGAUAAUAAAUGUAAUAAAUGCUAUUCAAUAUGAAAAAAAUGAUUUCAACAAAAUAAUAACAAGAAAAAGAGGAAAGGCCAUUAAAAGUAAAUAUUUUUUUAAACGCAAAGAAGCAAUUCCGAUCAAUUCUAAUUACCAGCGUGAUGAAAAAUAUGAUAAACUUAAUAGACGUGAUACAGUAGUGACAAUGACUGUACCUAUUUCUAUCAUUCCAAAAAAACAUUUUCCUCGUUCUAUUACUGUUCCUUUUGUUGAAAUCUUUCCUACUAUUAUAAUGCCUAACGCUACUUCUCUAUCCGUUUCGAUAAAUGCAACUUCUUCAACUACCGCAACAACCCCGGAGAUAACCCCGGAGAUAACAUCGACAACAACCCCACCUCCUCAUACUAGGCAAUUAAAAGAAUAA